UGAAAUCCUGCAGUAGGUGAAUAUAUGUUGUAUAGAUUGUUUAUGAACUGUUGGAUGAUGAUGAUGAAGAUGAUGAUGAUGGAUCAGUGCAGAGGGUGGGAAGCCCCCAUCCUCCCAGAAGGGUUAAAGGUACAGUACUGUGCGUCAGCUGCUGCGUAAAGCGUCACGUAAUGAUGCGGAUGGGCUGGAGGUCUGGAGGUCUGGAGGGGGCGGAGGCUGGUCCUCCUCCUCCCCGGUCUCUGAGCUCCGAGCUGCGGCUCUCUGCAGCUUCCUGCUCCGCUGCUGCUGCUGCUGCUCCCGACAAACAGCCUCCUUCUCAUUAUCAUCACUGAUCAUGUGCCUCUCUCUCGGGCUGCUGUCUCUGGCUCCGCAGCAGGAAGUUAGCCUUGUUUUCUUCCUCUUUCUGCAUCUUUUCGUUUCUCCCUCCACUUGACGACAUUAUUUAUUCUCUCUGCGGCUCUGCAGCUUCUCCUCUGCGGGGACAAGAGAGCCGAGCACCGGGCAGCAGCAGAGGCCGCUCCGGUCCACUCCCUCCUCCUCCGGUCCGGUCCAGGCCACAGCAGGUUCAUGGAGGCCCCGGUGGAGGUGGAGGUGGAGGAGGAUAAGCCCAUGCCUCUGCCAACCCUGAGUCCGGCCGUGCCCCCCUACGUCACCCUGGGCCUAACCGUGGUCUACACCGUCUUCUACUCCCUCCUCUUCAUCUUCAUCUACGUGCAGCUGUGGCUGGUGCUGCGCUACCGACACAAGCGCUUCAGCUACCAGACGGUGUUCCUGUCGCUGUGCCUGCUGUGGUCGGCGCUGCGCACCGUGCUCUUCUCCUUCUACUUCAACAACUUCAUCACGGCCAACAACCUGGGCCCGUUUCCCUUCUGGCUGCUCUACUGCUUCCCUGUCUGCCUGCAGUUCUUCACUCUCAGCCUCAUGAACCUCUACUUUGCACAGGUUGUGUUCAAGGCAAAGUCUAAAUAUGCACCAGAGCUUUUGAGAUACAGGCUGCCACUGUACCUGCUCUUCCUGUUCAUCAGCCUGGUGUUUUUAGUAGUGAAUUUAGUGUGUGCCCUGCUGGUGAGGAUGACCUCUGCAGAAGCCCACACCAUCGUGCUCGUGAGGGUUGCCAUCAACGACUCACUCUUUGUCCUGUGUGCCAUCUCGCUCUCCUUGUGUCUCUACAAGGUCGCUAAGAUGUCACUGGCCAACAUUUACCUGGAGUCCAAAGGGACGUCAGUGUGCCAGGUGACGGUUAUAGGAGCCAUCGUCAUCCUCCUGUACUCCUCCAGGGCCUGCUAUAAUCUGGUCGUCCUGGGACUCUCUAACAAGAGCAUCAACUCCUUUGACUACGACUGGUACAACGUUUCAGACCAGGCAGACUUACAGUCGACUCUGGGCGAUGCUGGCUACAUCGUCUUCGGAGUGAUCUUGUUUGUAUGGGAGCUGCUCCCCACGUCUCUCGUAGUUUUCUUCUUCAGAGUUCGGCAGCCCGACCUAGACAGGAGUGGCUCUGUGCUUCCCGGUCACGUCUUCUCCUCAAGGGCUUAUUUCUUCGACAACCCGCGGCGUUAUGACAGUGACGACGAUCUGGCGUGGAGCGUCAUGCCUCAGAACAUCCAAGCCAGUCUGGCUGCUGACAAUUACGAGUGGGGGAGCCAGAGCAGCAGCAGCGGCAUCGGCGCCUACAUCGGAGGAGACGACAAUUACCACCUGCCACUUCCUCCAGAGGAGCUCAGCCAUUACUGACCCGUGGAUUUGUUUUUAUAUUUGUAUAUUUUUGCACAUGAUGGGGCUGAAAUUCGCCCUCUACUCGAUACAUUCAUUCUUCUAUUUUGUCUACGGAAGAACUAACUGACUUUUCUGACAGUAUGUGAAGGUCCACUGAAUUUUGCACACUCCUUGUACAAAGUGAUCUAAUUGACUGCUUUUAAACAUUUUCACUGUAUAGUUUAUAUUGAAUACUGCUUAAUAUAUUUCCUGACUUUUGUAAUAUGUACUCUGUAAUCACUAUUUUAUGUACCGUGUUCUUUUUCAUACAGAUGUGUUUAUAUAGAGAUAUCCAUUUAAUUCAUAUUAAAACAGUUUAAAUGAUG